AUGACGGGCAAAUGGGAGAAGAUGCACAAUUAUCUUGAAUUGUGCGCCCAGAAGAACACUGCGGACUUUAACAUAGGUGUUGGCCUGGCUUUGGAUGCCUUUCGUCGGGGCCAACGACAGCAAUUUCGCGAUAUUAUCGACGGCUUGCGGCUCAGUGUCUCCAAGUCCCUUACGACCAAUUCCGUUACCUCUCUGCAAUCUUGUCAUGAUAGCAUACUUAAACUGCACGCUCUAACGGAAAUAGAAUCCGUCGCUUUGGCUGGGGCCGAUGCAUGCAAAAAUCCCGAGGAACGCUCAAGCUUGCGGGAGUCUCUUGAUCGUCGGUUAGAUGUACUUGGAGGAUACAUAUCCGACAAACAGUAUCUGCUUGGUCUCAGAAGAGCCGCCAUGGAGCUGACGGGAAAUUUCGCAGAUUCCGACAUAGCUGCUGCUUGGUUGAUGAGUGCCCGUUUGGCACGGAGAGGUAACUUUGGCAACCAGGCAUAUCAGUCAAUGCUCAACGCCGCUCAUCUCAAAGACCGAUCUGCGACAAUUGAACAUGCCCGAUUACUCUGGAAGGAUGGCUACCAUCGAAAAGCAAUACAGAUACUAGAGGGUGCAAUUGCUGCCAAUGAGUUCGCGUCAACUGCGCCCAGCUCGGGUAAUCCAGCCUCACCAACGUUUAUCUCAACUCACGAGAAACAACAAAACCUAUUGGCUGCUAGGGCGCAUCUACUGCUAGCGAAAUGGACCGAUCGAGCAGGACAGACUCAGUCUGACAUUAUCGUGCAAAGAUAUCGAGAGGCCAUCAAACUCCAGGCUAGAUGGGAGAAGGCGCACUACUAUCUCGGGAAGCACUACAACAAGAUCUUGGACUCCGAGAAGUCGAAACCACUGGGCAAGGAAGCACAGAUCUACUUGAGCGGCGAGGCAUCUAAGCUUGUCAUCGACAACUACCUUCGGUCAUUAGCGCACGGAAACAAAUACGUUUUCCAAUCUUUACCCAAAGUGUUGACUUUGUGGUUGGAGCAUGCCUCGGCAGUCGAACAGCCAUUUGACCCUAAGAGAGGAGAUAACGAAGAAUUUCAAGCACAUACCUUGAACCAACGGAAGAAGAGCCUUGAUGACAUGCAUUCGCAGCUGAGGAAAUAUGUCAGUAGAAUGCCGGCAGCUCUGCUUUUCACUAUUCUACCGCAGGUUGUCGCGCGGAUAUGCCAUCCCAAUCCGACGGUUUACAACUUGUUGACGAAAAUAGUGGCCAAGGCAGUGAACGCUUUCCCUCAGCAGGGACUAUGGACGGUCCUUGCUGUGGUCAAGUCCUCAUCCAAAGACCGGGCCUCGAGGGGUUUCACCUGCCUUCAGAAAAUCACAGAUAUGAGCAAAAAAUUAAAGACCGAAAUCGCCCAUGACAUCCGUGGGAUGAUCAACCAAGGCCAGAAGUUUUCGGACGAGCUGCUGAGGCUAUGUGUGGCAAAGAUUGAGAACAAGGUUUCCCGGAUUCACCUAGCUCGAAACCUCAACUUCAAUCACAAAGUAGCACCCUGCCGUCUUGUUGUUCCAUUCCAAGCAAUGCUUACGCCGACUUUGCCCGCUAGCCAUGAUUCUGAAUACCUCAAAGGCUUCAGGGCUUUCCCUCGAGAUACUACGACCAUUGAAGCGAUCCUUGACGAUGCGCAAAUCCUGAACUCGCUUCAGAAACCCCGAAAGAUUAGCAUCCGAGGGUCCGAUGGCAAGAUCUACAACAUCCUUUGCAAGCCAAAAGAUGACUUGCGCAAGGACCAGCGGCUCAUGGAGUUCAAUAACAUGAUCAACAGAUUUCUAAAGAAGGACGUGGAGUCUAGCAAGCGGAGAUUGUAUAUCAAAACAUAUGCGGUCACCCCAUUGAAUGAAGAGUGUGGACUUAUCGAGUGGGUGGACAAUCUUAGGACAUUACGUGAACUUGUCACCAAGUCGCUAAAGGAGAGAGGGAUAUCGCCCAACUACGAGGAAAUACGCAAAUAUCUCACGGACGCCUGUUCGGAUCCAUCCAAGGUCUCAAUCUUCACAGACAAUUUGUUGGUAAUGUUCCCUCCUGUCCUUCACGAAUGGUUUGUAGAAAUGUUCCCCGAGACAGGCGCAUGGUUCGCGGCGAGGCUUCGGUAUACUCGGUCGUGUGCUGUCAUGUCAAUGGUAGGAUACGUAUUGGGGCUGGGUGACCGGCACGGUGAAAAUAUACUCUUCGAGGAGGGCACGGGUGGUAUUCUACAUGUCGAUUUCAACUGCCUGUUCGACAAAGGCUUGACGUUCGAGAAGCCCGAGUUAGUGCCAUUCCGGCUCACCCAAAAUAUGGUCGAUGCCUUUGGCGCAUACGGAUAUAAUGGACCAUUUCGAAAAACGUGUGAAUUAAGCCUAGAUCUCCUGAGGCAGAAUGAAGAUGCACUGAUGACAAUCCUGGAGACAUUCUUGCAUGACCCGACGACUGACUUCAUCGGCAAAAAGCGUCGAGUUCACGCAAGUGUUCCCGACACACCAGCUGGGGUUCUGGAAAACACCCGCAACAAACUCCGCGGCCUUCUCCCUGGGGAAUCGGUCCCACUAUCUGUGGAUGGUCACGUCGACGAGCUCAUCAUCCAGGCAACUGAUAUUCGAAACCUCGCGGCGAUGUACAUUGGCUGGUGCGCUUUCUUUUAG